AUGAAGCUUCUAGAUCCUCUUCAGGGAUAUAAAAUCACUUCUUAAAUUCUCUUCCUUCAGCUUGCCUUUGCACUAGCACUGGGAGUAUGUUUGGCCAGAGAUGAGUUUGACUACUCUAACAGAGACACUGCCAUUGGAGUCAUGUUUGUGGUACAUAUUACCUCUUAUGCUCUAGAAUACAUCAAAAUUUUGACCGGGAUUUGUGGUCGUAAACUAGGUGUCUUAAAGUUUACCAUCAACUUCUUUAACUGUGCACUCUAUUAAGCAGCUAUAUUCUACGCCUAGGUUAAGUAUCUUAAUUCAACUUACGACGAUAAGGCUAAUGCUACUUCUGAUCCAGAAUUAAUCAGAAAAAAUAUCAACUCUUAGUAAUGGUUGAUGUUAGAAAUAUCUUUCUACUAUAUGACUGUUAUCCUAACUAUUCUUUUCUUGGUGCUUCAACACUUCUUUAAAUUGGAAAUUCCUACUCACAUUGAUGAGUUUCCAAUCGUUGAAGCCAUCUUUUCUAUGCAUGGCAAAUCUUCUGUCAUAGUAGAUAAACAAGAUAAAGCUGAGCUAGAGACCAAUGGCUCACCAGAUUAAUAACAAGAUGGGAAUGAUGAUGAGAACGAAGGCUUUAAAAAGCAAAAAACUAUCUCCAAGAAUGUCAGCAAGCGCUCAUUCUGGCACAAGGAUAAGCAAAACCAAGACUUCUUGUCUCUUAUAAACAAAUAUCUUCAAGAGUAUCUCUUCAUUGCUCUCGUAUUCUCCAUUUCAGUAUAUGUAUUGGUAAAAGGUGAAGAGACACCAGAAGGAAAGAUGUCAUUUAAAUAUUCAGUAAUCAUCUUGGCUGUGCUAUUCUUUAUUUCACUUUUGCACACUGUAGUUGAUCUUUUCACCAAGAUAAGCUUCCCAGUCUGGUACGAUAAAAGCAAAUACGCAAUCUAUGCUUUGAUCAUAUUGGACAUUCUAUUUAUGAGCGUUUAAACUGCAAUUCUAGAUAAGUAUGAGGAUCUCAUCAGAUAUUGGAUUUUGAUCUUCUUGUUCAUUGUUUUCGCCUUCAUUAUUGCCUAUCUUACCAACUGGGCAGCAGUGAAAUGGGGAAAUGAAGAAGAAUUCUUUACCUAAAAAGAAAAACUCAAGAAGAGAACACUAAUUCACCAUUUUAUGAACUCUGUGUCUCUCAAUGUUGAUAUCUACGCAAUCACAUUUGUUAGCUUCUAAAGACUAGAUGCUGCCCUUCCUAGAGUAGAUGAACAGGCUAACUAGCAGCCUUUGAUUCAAUAAGCUGAUGAGGAUGAAGAGUCAAAUGAUGGUGAUGAGAAUAAUGAAAUCGUCCACAACACAGAUGCUGAAGCCAACAAAAAUUUCAGCAACAGCGCCUUCAUUUUUUUGAUUCAAGCUCUCUUAGUGUACUUAGUUUUAGAUCAGUUCAAAAAAGAAACUACAAACACUGAUGUGACCUUUGAAAUUCUAUUAACUAGAAUCUUAUGUGCUGCACUAUUACAUAUGCAACUUGAAGGUGAAUUAAGACAAUCACUUCAGAUGCUCAACUAUGCAAGACUUAUGGUGUUCCACAGUAAAUAUAGAAUUCCUAUGAUUAUCAUUAGUCUUAUGCAAUUUUUGGGGGCAAUUGGUACGGAAGUCAUCAACAUCUUCCUCAUCUGCCAACAAGACUCCGUGCAAAAUGUUAUUAUGAAUUUUAUUGCUCUUGGAGUUAUUGCUGAAAUCGAUAACAUUUAUGCUGGAACUCUCUAUAACAAUUCUUCCAAGAAACUUAUUGAAGACAAUGACGAGAAAGUUAAUCUUCAAAUUAAUGACAAGAAACCAGUACGAUCCUAUUACUCCAAGAGAUUCAGAUUAUCAACUUUGGUUCAUGGAGUCCUCAGAUUGUUCUAUGAGACUUACUACUAUUACUUCAUGCCAUUCUCAGUUAUCGUAAUAACAUUCUUCAGUGAUUUAAUUGAUGAAAAGCCGCUAUAUUGA